UUCCAUUCCACUCUCUCUCUCUCAAACAUUAUGGAUCUGGGAUCUGUGUCUCUUCGUUAUUCACCAUAAGCCACUGCUCCGGAGGAGGGCUGGCCACUGUUUCGCACGUAUAGCGGAGCCCGGGCAGCGACAGACGUAGAGGAGUUGACACAGGUAGAGCGGUUCUGGACACCUUCCCUCAGAUGGUUGACAUAUUCAUCACAAAUGGGUUUUAAGCACAGAUCUUCUUGUGAGUGCUCUUUAUUUACAGUUUUCCCUCUUUUUUAGGGUUUUUGAUUUUGGAGAUAAAUUAUGAAUCAUUUUGUGUGAUGGAUAAGUUACAUUGGGGGAAACAGAAAGAGACGGGAUUUAUCUACGUGUUGAUAGGAGGGUUGUAAACAAACAAGACUCUCAUCAUCCACUCCUUCCUGGUCAGGUUUAUCUCCUCAACGUAUAAACAAACAGGUAAAAAGUAGUUAAAUUUUUUUUUUUUUGUUAUUUUCUUUGAGUAUCCCAGUUGAUUUUGUGUUUUUAUUUACCUAUAUUUAGCUAAAAGUGCUCUUAAUAUAAUGUUUUUUAUGAAAACCUGAGUAAAGUUAUUAACUUGAUGUUUCAAUGUGUUUUUUUAAAACUCUUGUUAAGUUUCGGUCUAGGAAUCAGAAGUUUAAUUUGACCUCGGUUCAUCGGCCUGAUUGUGUGGUGAUUUUUGAUACUGAAAGGAAGAGUUUUGUGAUUUUGGAAGCUAGUAGGUUGCAGAUUCCUAUUGUAGGGCUGGUGGACCCAAGUAUGCCGUUGGUGACGUUUAAGAAGAUUACAUAUCCUGUUCCAGCGAAUGAUUCGGUGCAGUUUAUGUAUUUGUUUUGUAAUUUGAUUACGAAAACAAUUCAAUACGAGCAGAAGAAGCUCGCUGGGGCUAAAGGGAACGUGGUUAAGGAAGUCGAGCCGAAAAUUGGUGCGGCUACUUUACUGGCUGGUACGAUUAAGAUAGAUGGUGUAAAUGAUGAACUGACGGUUCUACAAUACGAAGGGUUAUCUCCCGCUUUUGAUGAUCCCACAUAAAUCAAGGAGUUUUUGGAAUAACUUGUUGUUGUUAAGAUCAAUGAUAAUAAAGGGACCAAGAUGGGUUUUGAUGGGCAAAAGUGGAUCUGACGGUUUAUUUGCUAAAAAAACCCUUGAGAUUACAGAUGAUGUUCUUGCAACCUACAAAAAUCAAGGUGGUUAAGAUUUAUUGGGACGAACCAAGGAUCAAAUCAGAACCACAGAACAUGUAAAUUAUGCAAUGGAAGCAUGCAAGGCUUUGAAGUUGGAUGCCUUAGUGAUUGUUGGAGGUAACUUUUUCAGAAUUGUAUAUUGGUUUCACUAUGCUAUAUGAUCCAGCGAUUUGACAUCAAUGAGAAUAUUCAUUGAGGUAACUUUUUAGCCAAUUAAAUUCUAAAAUUUUAAAUUUCAUUGUUUAAGUUUGAUUUUCAUUCAGAAUAUCCAUCAAACGGCGCAGCGAGCGCAUCCGCAACGGCGCGGCGAGCGCAACCGUAACGAACACAACCACAUCGGCGCAGCGAGCACAAGUUAUCUCUGUUAUCAGGAACCCCUUUGUGGUUCGAUAUCAAGUCAGCUAAGAAACAAACUUGAGGCUCUGAAUUUGAAUAUUGCAACUGACGUGUUUUGUCCGGAUGUUGGUAUGUAUUGAAACCAGGAGUUAACUGACUCUUUCUUCGGUUACAUGGUUUGUGAUUCGAGUUCAAAGCUGAUUCCAAUGGGGGUUAUGAAAUUGAAAUUAAAAUUAAACAUGUAUUAACCUGUUGUUGUAUAAAUGGUGUGUAAUUUUCACCCCAAAUCAUUACCUCUUAUAUUUUAGUUUAUUUUGCUGUAAAAUAGUGCUAUAAUUUGCUGUGAAAUGAUGCUGAAAUUUGUUGUAAUUAGUGCUAUUACUUGCUGUCAAAUGGUGCUGAAAUCGUUGUACGUGUUGAAGAUGUAAUUGUGCUCAAGAUUCGACACUCUUGAACAAUUGAAAGAGUUAAGCUUCAAGGCUCCAAGCGUCCAAGUGUCAAAUUAACCAACGGAAAAAACUCCAUUACAAAUGCAACUGCAAGGGAAUAAUGCUUCUUUAUAAUAACUAUUGUGGACUUC